AUGAACGAGGAUGAGAAUAAGGGAAUAGUAUUUCAAACCGGAUAUGAACUGCCAUCACAGCAACGUGUCAUCAUGCAAAUAGCAAAUUUGAGACUUCAUGCUUGGGGAGUUUUCAGUAAUGUCUACAGAGGAACUCUAGUGUCACCUGGAACUGAACAGGAGAUCGCAAUUAAGAAAACUUGGCCAAAGACACCUGAACGCAAUUUCGAGUUGCUAUUUCUAUCAGGAAUAAGAAGGAAGCCUCAUAAAAAUGUAGUUCAAAUGCUGUCACGUGGCAAUUAUUUGAAGGAAUACGAAUCAAAAGAAUAUUAUUGGAUGGUUGAUGUCUGGAGUGCUGGAUGUGUUGUUGGAGAAAUGAUGAAAGGAAAAGUUUUGUUUCCGAGUACAGCGAGAGAUAUGAUGCUGAAAUUGAUUGCGCAAGCAAUUGGGAUUCCAUCUCCGAGAGAUCAUGAUUAUAUGAAAGUCGCAAAGAUGAUUGAUCCAGUUUCAGAUGUCAAAGUCCUAGGCGACGUGAGCCAGGAAUGGGCUGAUUUCAUUGGAGAGAUUCUUCGUUACCGUCCUCGUGAGAGACUUCAUGGACCAGAACUGCUUGCCCACACCUUCUUCGAUCAGAUAUUCACGCGAAACGACUGUGUAGCUGGAAAACAAUAUGCGAUGUCCGUCCUUCGAAACGAAGUGAAAUUCACAUUAAAAGAUGCUCUCCCGACUCCAGUUCCUGUGGAAAAUUCGAAAGAAAAUAAAGAUUACAAAGAAUCGAAAGAAGUGGUGAAAGAUGGAAAAGAGACAUAUUGUUCUAGUACAAAAAAAAUCGGAACUGUGGAUGAGAAACGCCGGUGGUCUUGUCCGAAUUUGCCGAAACGACAACUACCGUAA